UCGGGGGUGGUCUGGCUUCACAAGAUGGCGGCAACUGUGCAGCUUCUGUGCUUGGCAACUAGCAGUGGGGUCCCUCUGUACUGCAGAAGCAAGGGGGAGAGCAGGCAGCUUCCUUUCUCAGUAAUCGGCUCUCUCAAUGGAGUUCAUAUGUUUGGGAGUAACCAGGAUAUUUUUCUUACCAGCACCUCUACUGACAACACCAAGGUCUGCUGGAGAGUUUUCCACGACAGCAUCACACUCAUCGCCAUGGCCUCUGAGGAAGAUGCAAGUGACCUUUACCUUAGCCGCCUGUUGGACAAUGUCUUCAGUGCUAUGGUGCUGGUGAUUGGUUUGGAUGAUCUGGUGAACCUUAAAAACGUGGAGCGAAUGAAGCGGGAACUGCGGGCCUGCUACAAGCUGAUUGACAGUUUCCUGGCUGCCUCAGAUUGGAUGGGGGAUCUGACCCAGUGCGUGGAUUGUGUGGUGUCUCCACACACUGACAUACUGCAGGAGGCGUUGGAUGUAUUUGUUGCUGCUGCUGCCUCUGAGAGUAACUUUGGGUGCCUUAUGGUCAUGAACAAGGUCGUAGUGGCAACAGAGAAGUGGUGGCGGCUCGCAGCACAGGAGAUCAUGCUGUUGGCAUGGCUGGUGGGAUCCCUGGCACCCAGCACAUCACGUGACUACCCCAUCUACCUGCCUCACGGCAGCCCUACGGUACCCCACAGGCUAUUGACCUUUCAGUUGGUCCCUGGAGUAGAGGUGUGCCUGCUGUGUGGACCAACCCCAACCUUGCAGCAAGUUCAGACUGAGUUAGUUGAAAGAUUCUGGAGCCCACUACUGGAACCUUUAAAGACCUGCCUCAGGGUACAUCAGCACUCCUUCUCGGCUGGUAUUCCUUUACACCGGAGCAUCCUUGGCCUUCUGUUGGUAAACAGAGAACAGAACAAGAAUUUGUUCACUCUGCAGCCUCACACGGUUGAACAUAGUCAACAGCAAGGAGCAGCAGUCCCUCCCGAGAGGCGCAGGUCCAUUUUGCGACUAUUUUAUACCCUGGCUGUCUCCUCGUACUUUCCAGCAGAUUCAAGUGAAGAUUCGUCUGCGCCUCUCCAUGAGGAAUUCCACACCAGCUUCACCCAUUCUCCAGCGGAGUGCUACAUUGCUGCUGAUGACCACAAGUGCUAUGCCAUCCAGACCCAGCAGCACCAGCUUUUCUUAAUCUUCACGUCAGAUACUCCGACCUUCGCUCUGCGAAACAUCGCAACCAAAACUAUCAACCUACUGACAAAGGAGCUUCCUUUCUGAGUUGCAUGAGCCUGCAUUCCGGACUUGCAGCGUUCAGAGGAAAGCAGCUGACACCUCGUCCUUUAGGGCGACAAUUGAACAGUCCAUCUGCCCUGAAUAAUACUAUCUCUCCCUCAGAGUGAUGAGAAGUGAGAGCAGCCCAGCUAGUCAAUCCUCUGGUUCCUUUGAAUUUGAAAGGAGGGAAACUAGCAGCUUUCCUUGUUGAUGUUUGUGAAGAAACACCAGGGUUGAAAAAUGUGUUGCUGGAAAAGCGCAGCAGGUCAGGCAGCAUCCAAGGAGCAGGACAAUCGACGUUUUGGGCAUAAGCCCUUCUUCGGGAAUGAGGAAGGUGUGCCCAGCAGGCUAAGAUAAAAGGUAGGGAGGAGGGACUUGGGAAUACGAUAGGUAGAAGGAGGUUAAGGUGAGGGUGAUAGGCCAGAGAGGGGUUGGGGGCGGAGAGGUCGGGAAGAAGAUUGCAGGUAAAGAAGGCGGUGCUAAGUCCGAGGGUUGAGACUGAGAUAAGGUGGGGGGAGGGGAAUGAGGAAGCUGGAGAAAUCUACGUUCAUCCCGUGUGGUUGGAGGGGUCCUAGGCAGAAGAUGAGGAGCUCUUCCUCCAGGCGUCGUGUUGCCAUGGUCUGGCGAUGGAGGAGGCCAAGGACCUGCAUGUCCUUGGUGGAGUGGGAGGGGGAGUUAAAGUGUUCAGCCACGUGGUGGUUGGGUUGGUUGGUGCGGGUGUCCCAGAAGUGUUCUCUGAAACGUUCCGCAAGUAGGCGGCCUGUCUCCCCAGUGUAGAGGAGGGUGCAGCGGAUGCAGUAAAUGUGUGUGGAGGUGCAGGUGAAUAUGUGACGGAUAUGGAAGGAUCCCUUGGGGCCUUGAAGAAAGGCUCAGGAAUGUCCACUGUGGGCUCACUUGCAUGGCAGUGACCACGCUCCCGUCUGUUGUAGUGGCAGGGUUAGGAAGGCCACAUGGGGAAACUGCUUUCAUCCUGUUGGAUAACUUAUGAAGUGGUCCUUUUCAGAAAAGCACAGACAAGGGGGCAGAGAGGUUUGGGUGGGGCAAAGUAAUUGCCCCUGACCACUCUGGCAGAUAGCUCUCUCUCACGUGAUGUGGGUGUGAGAUGGGAAGAGGUUGAUGAACCAUCCUACAAGGAAAAAGAACCUUGGAGAAAGUGCGAAAGAGGUUUACCAGGAGGCAGCCUGGACUAGCAGGUAUAAGGAGAGGCUAGAAAAACUCAGGUUGUUUUCUCUGGUUUAGCAAAGGCUGAGGGGAGACUUAAUAGAAGUCUAUAAAAUCAGGAGAUGCAAUGAUAGGGUUGAUAGACUUUUCAACUCUGGGAAGAAGAUUCUGCCUUAAUACCAGGGAGCUUGCAUUUCAGGUAAAAGGGGGAAAGUUCAAAGGAGAGGUGAGGGACUUUUUUUAAACAGUGUUAAGCGUCUAAAACAUAUUGCCAGGUGUGUGGUGGAUGCAGAUACAAUAGGGAUGUUUUGGGACUUUACAUAAGCACCUGAAUAUACAAGGAAUGGAGGGGUUAUGAAACAAGGGCAGGCAGAAGGGAUUAAUUUAAUUUGGCAUCUUGUUUGGCGCAACAUUGUGGGCCGGAGGGUCCGUUGCUGUGCUGUUCUGUUGUGUGUUCUGGCACAGUGGGUGCUGUUCAACUCUCAAAGACAAGAAAGGAAAGCAAAAUUGCUUUGUUGAAGUUGAUCCUGGGUCUUAUCCAUUGAAAGCUUAUGGAAUUCCCAAUGCGAGAGAAACCAGCUGGUUGGCAGAACAGCUGAAAGCACUGUCAUGUUGGGCCUCUCCUGACUGUUGUUCCCCCCUGCCCUCCCCUGCCCGGCCCCUUUCAAAUCGUAGUCAUGUCUGAGUCAGGUUGUUACUAGGCUGGUAGCUCCCUGUGCUGGACAGAUAUGUAGUCCGAGUUUAUAGAUCAAUGCACUACAUUGGUCUGCGUAGCUCCUGUGCUGGAGAGAUACCACCUGUGGCCACGUUUUCUCAAGGCUAUCAGUUCUGGAUCAUGCAAGAUGGCAGAGGAGUAGAUUAAUGGCAGUGGAAUCUUGGACAAGGACAGAGAUCCACAUCAGUGUCACCGCCUUACACUCACACGGCCUAUCCCCACAUAUGAGCGGAACGGUGACUCAGUGGUUAGCACUGCUACCUCACAGCACCAGGGACCCGGGUUCGAUUCCAGCCUCGGGUGACUGUCUGUGUGGAGUUUGCACAUUCUCCCCCGUGAAUGCGUGGGUUUCCUCUGGGUGCUCUGGGUUCCUCUCGUGAUACAAAGAUGUGCAGGUUAGGUGAAUUGGUCAUAUUAAAUUGCCCGUAGGGUUCAGGGAUGUUUAGGUUCUGUGCAUUAGGGGUAAAUGUAGAGUAAUAGGGUAGGGGAAUGGGUCAGGGUGGGUUACUGUUCGGAGGGUCGGUGUGGACUUGUUGGGCCAAAGGGCCUGUUUUCACGAUGCAGGGAUCCUACUAAAAAAGGACAGGUGGAGAAUUUUGUAAAAAUUAGUAAUGAAGAAACAGGGUGGUUAACACCCAUGUAAGUUAAUUACUUCAUCUGUGUGUUAGCUUUUGACUGUACUUAUAAUAAACUUUAGUCUAAAUUA